AGGCCGGCUCCAGCCAUGCGACUUGCCCCGCGCCAGCGCCCGCCUCCCGCCGUGUCGCGCCGCUGCCUUGCUGGGGCGGUGAAGGGGAGCAGGGUGCAGCCGGAGAGGGACCUGCAGGCGGUCGCUGCCAUGGAGGCGCUUGUGGGUGCGCCUGUGACCGUCGCCAUCGUCGUGGUAGCUGCAUCCGCCCUUUUACUGCUGCUGUUCAGAGGGACAGGCCGGAGGGAGAACGGCCGUGUCACCCUGCAGGACCCCGAAACCAAAUACGCUCUGCGGCUGGUGGACAAAGAGGAGAUCAGUCAUGAUACUAAGAGAUUCCGAUUUGGGCUGCCUUCACCAGAUCAUAUAUUAGGACUACCUGUAGGCCAACAUGUUUAUCUUUCUGCGAAAAUUGGUGGUGGUUUGGUGAUUCGGGCCUAUACCCCAGUUUCCAGCGACGAGGCAAAAGGUUAUGUUGAUUUAAUUAUAAAGGUCUACCACAAAAAUGUGCAUCCCAAGUUUCCAGAAGGUGGAAAGAUGUCCCAAUACCUAGAUGACAUGAAGAUUGGAGACCUGAUUGACUUCAGAGGGCCAAAUGGACUCCUUGUGUAUAAGGGGGCAGGUACCUUUCUUAUCAAGCCUCAUAAGAAGUCUGAAGCAGAGAAAAAGUUUGCAAAGCAUCUUGGGAUGAUAGCUGGAGGAACAGGAAUAACUCCUAUGUUGCAGCUGAUUCGUCGUAUCACGAGUGAUCCGAAGGACUCCACAAAAUGUUACCUUCUUUUUGCUAAUCAAACAGAAAAGGAUAUAUUGCUGAGAGCUGAGCUGGAAGAUCUUGCUAAGAGCCAUCCUGAGCAGUUCACGCUGUGGUAUACACUGGACAGACCUCCACAAGAUUGGAAGUACAGUUCUGGCUUCAUCACUGCAGACAUGAUUAAAGCCCACCUCCCUUCCCCCAGCAGUGAGACACUCAUUCUCAUGUGUGGGCCACCACCUAUGAUUCAGUUUGCUUGUCAACCCAACCUGGACAAACUUGGCUAUCCCAAGAGCUGUACCUUCUCUUACUAACACUGUUGUCACCUUUUGGUAAGUCACUGGAGAAAGGACAGUUCACCCCAACUGCCCGGUCUCUUGUGUGCUGCCAAAAUUCACGCAAGCCUCCAGGAGCUCCAUUUUUCAAGGUUCAUAUCCCUUUACACAACAACCAACUUGACUAAAAUAUGAUGGUUUUCAUUCUUUGUCAUUUGUCUGUUUGUCUGGACAGUUUCAUUUACAAGUUCACUACUGCAUAACGAAAGUGAAUUA